UGGAGACUUGUGCUCCCGACGGGACAAUAAAACAUCUCCCGGCUGCCGUUUUCACCGGCUGCUUCAGCAUUUCACGCUCGUCGGAUGAACACAGGGCCCGUGUCGAACAGCUGCAAGAAGACACAAUGGAGUCGUCUGUGAUGAACCUGUACAACCAGUUCGAGAGCCUGAGAGCCCAGGUGGACGGUCUGAACGAGAGCGUGGAGCCACAGUUCCUGCAGAUGGCUGAAAACUUUGAGGACUGUCGUAAGAGGUGGAUGCAGACGGACGAGGAGCUGGUUUCCUGUAAGGAGACGCUUGCCAAAGUGGAGACCGAGAGAGGCGCUCUGGAGGUUAAACUGAAACACGCCCGCAACCAGGUGGAUGUGGAGAUCCGCCGUCGGCAGAAGGCCGAGGCCGUCCACGAGAAACUGGAGCGACAGCUGCAGCUGAUCCGGGACCUGCUGAUAGCCGAUAACAGCGUUCACCUCAGUGAGGAGCAGCGCUCGGCCCUGGCUUUCCUCAGCGCCCACUCCCAGGCAGCUCAGGCUUCCAAAGCCAACCUCAACACCAGCCGCAGAUUAACUGUGAUCGAUGAAUCGUCCUUGAUAUCGGAAAUCAGCUAUGAUGAAACAGAUGACUCUCUGGACUGGGAUUCGUCUGCAUUGAAUAAGAUGAGACUUCGCAGACGCCAGAAAAGACGCUCCUCCAGGAAGCUCCUGGAAGUUCCCCCGCAGGCAGUGAAGAAGCCCCGGUCCACAGGCCGGCCGUCAGACAGGAUGAACGAGUCCAUCGUGGCCAAAACGACAAUCACCGUGCCCAUGAACGGAGGAGCGCUGGAGGCCGUCUCCACCAUUGAGGCAGUGCCUUACUGGACACGCAGCAGGAAGAGGAGUGUUGCUCUGGCGUGUGACGAUACAACAACUGACCAGUCUGCCACUGUUAGCGAGGCUCCGAGCACACUGGCCCCAGAUUUUAAAGCCAAACAAGAAACACCCAAAAUGAAUGGAGAAGGAAAGAAGCACCACUUUAUCCCCAAAACGGUGAUCAAGUCUGAAUUCUGCGGGUCGUGUGGGAAAAGGACUAAAUUCGGCAAGCUGUAUCUCCGCUGCCAGGACUGCAGGGUUGUGAGCCACCCGGAGUGUCGGGAGCACUGCCCCCUGCCCUGUAACCCCGCAGCCGUCUGCACGCCCCUCAAGAACACUGAAGUGACUCUGGCUGAUUUUGCUCCAGCCACCGCCCCACAGAUCCCGGCUCUGGUUAUUUACUGCAUCAAGGAGAUUGAGCACAGAGGCCUGCACGAGGUCGGCCUGUACAGAGUUUCAGGCAACGAGCGCACGGUGAAGGAGCUGAAGGAGAAGCUCAUUAGAGGAAAGACUCUGCCUCCUCUCAACAAAGUGGAAGACAUCAACGUCAUUACAGGUGUCCUCAAAGACUUCCUGAGAAACCUCCCGGAGCCACUGCUCACCUUCCACCUCAACAAGAGCUUCAUGACAGCAGCCGAAAUUGAGGACGACGACAACAGUCUUGCAAUGUUGUAUCAGACCAUCAGCGAGCUGCCUCCACCCAACCGAGACACUCUGGCCUGCCUGAUGAUCCAUCUGCAGAAAGUGUCCCAAAGUGUGAAUACAAAGAUGGACGUACACAAUCUGGCCAGGGUGUUCGGGCCGACCCUGGUGGGUCAUGCAGUCCCCGACCCCGACCCCAUGACCAUCCUGCACGACACCACCAGACAACCCCGGGUUGUUCAGCGCAUGCUCAGUAUCCCAGCAAGCUACUGGAGUAAGUUUGCUUAUCCAGACAGUGAAAGCUUGGACAACGCUCACAUCACAGACACUCCAAAGCAAAAAGUGAGCAUCUUGGGACCAUUGACCACUCCAGAGCAUCAGAUGAUUAACAAAACCCCUUCCUCCAGCUCGCUGUCUCAGCGCAUGAUGCAGACCCUGUCCAGUACCACCCUAUUUGGAAGCAAGAGCAAAGCAACUUCUGCCUCCAAGCACCAGGGCAACUUCUUCGCAUCUCCGCAGCUGAAGUAACAUCGACGAGUGGAGAGGAAAAAGAAAACUAUAUUCAUUUACACUAACUUACUAACUGCACUAACAGAAUUUAUCUAUGUUUUGAUAAUCGAGUGGGGAAAUGACAGCGCAGUUUGAGCACAUCAAAAAUUGAUACCUGAUUUUUCUCUAAUCAAAUAUUUUUUGAAUCAAAGAAAACACUUAUUCUUGACCAAAACUGAUUAGUGUAUCUGGUUUGUCUAGUUGAAUGAAUACGGAGGGGAAAGUUAAACCACUGGCCGGUGCCUGUUUGUUUCUGGUUGCUUUGUCAUUCAGAAACAGUUUUUAUAAUCUUGUCGAUGUGCUUUAAAGCAUAACCGCGACUCUUUUAACUUUGUGAACACUGACAGAUUUUGGGAAACGUAUUGCAUUUUGCACACUAUGGAACAAGCCAGUGAAAUGUAUUUUUAUUUCUGCCUGGUGGUCUAAAACGCCACCAGAGGCUGCUCUUGCACCACUUUUGAUAUGCAAGCCCUGCCCAGCGAAUAGGAUCUACUGUACAUCAUGCACAUAAUCAGUCAGAGUUCCUGACAGUCCUUACACUGAUAGAUCUGCACGUUACUAGAAAGGUUAGUCGGCUGCAAUGAGACAGUUCAGUAGAGAUUCGAGACUCGCAGUGUGAGGCCUCAGGAGAACAAACAGAAGCUGAUUUAAUGCAAACAUUUAGAAUAUAUUCAGUUAUUUAAGUAUUUCUAACUACAGGAGCCUCCUUGUGCCUUUAAAGUUAACAGGAUUUAAAUGAAUCCUCUCUUUGCUGCUCUCAUCACUUUAACAAGACCUCAAUGCAAUGAUUAUGUUGACGCCAGUGUUUGUAUUUACCUAUUAGGAACACCAAACUACAAGUAUAAACUGAACCCAGCCAUAUGUGUUAUAAGACUUUUGUAACAUUGCAAUAAUUUCUAAUUAUCUGCCAUAUUUUUGUACUCUUUUAUAUUCUUCCUUUAUUUCCAUGAAAUAUUAUGUCUGAUUGUCUCGCUUUCACCAAAGAUCCCGUGGACUGAAUGUUAACAUCCAUUCCUUUGUUUCUGCUCAAUGGAGAAAAACACAAA